AUGGUCCUAGAGGUCCACCGCGGCGCAAACAAAGAUGAGAUUCGCAAGGCAUACCGCAAGGCCGCGCUCGCGAGCCACCCCGACAAGGUCCCCGAAGCCGAGCGGGAAGCGGCCGAGGUGAAGUUCAAGUCUGUGCAGGAGGCAUACGAUAUUCUCUACGACGACGAAAAACGCCACAUCUACGAUACCCACGGCAUGUCCGCGUUCAACGGGUCCGGCGAGCCCGGCAUGGGCGGUGCGCCUGAUCUGGACGAGAUGCUCGCGCAGAUGUUCGGGAUGGGGGGGAUGGGAGGCAUGGGAGGCAUGGGCGGGAUGCCCGGAGGAGGACCACGCGCGAAGCGGCCCCGGAAGAGCCCGAACGAAGAGCAGGCGUAUGAGGUCAGCCUGGAGGAACUGUACAAGGGCAAGACGGUCAAGUUCGCCAGCACCAAGAACGUCAUCUGCAGUCUGUGCAACGGCAAGGGCGGCAAGGAGAAGGCGACGGCCAAGAAAUGUUCGACGUGCGAUGGGCAAGGGUACAAGGAGGUUCUGCAGCGCAUGGGCCAGUUCCUGACCCAGUCUACCGUGGCUUGCACUGUCUGCAACGGUCAGGGCUCGUUCUUCAGCCCCAAGGACAAAUGCAAGAAGUGCAAGGGCAAGAAGACUGCGGAGGAGCGCAAGAUCCUGGAGAUCUACAUCCCGCGCGGUGCACGGGAAGGAGAGAAAAUCGUGCUGGAGGGCGAGGCGGAUCAGGUCCCAGACCAAGAGCCCGGCGAUAUCAUUUUCAAGCUGGUCGAGGAAGAACACGCAGUCUUUACUCGGGCCGGAUCGGACCUGAGAGCAGAUAUCGAUGUCACACUGGCUGAGUCCCUGAGCGGGUUCUCGCGAGUCGUGUUGAAGCACCUGGAUGGUCGCGGCAUUGAGAUCACCCACCCCCAGAAGCCCGGCGAGACCCUGUCCCCUGGCCAGGUUCUCAAGGUGCCCGGCGAGGGCAUGCCGCACAAGCGCAGCGAUGCCCGUGGCGACCUGUACCUAGUGGUGAACAUCAAAUUCCCCGACGAGAAGUGGAAGCCGACCCCGGCGAUGCUGGAGAAGCUCAAGGAGCUGCUGCCCAAGCCCGGAAAGCCCAUCGAGGCGGAAACGAUUGACGAGGUCGAGUACAACCCGCGGGGCGACCUUAACGAGUUCGGGGCACAGGAUGGCCACGGCUCGGCGUGGGUGGACGAGGACGAGGACGACGAUGAGCCGGCGCAGUGCGCGACUCAGUAA